AUGGAAUUGGAAACCUCCUCCGUGAAAGUAUUCAUGGCGGAGUUGGUUGCUAUCGUCUUGGCCGCCAUUAUUGAUGUAUUGCAUAUGAUUAUAUGUAACAAGGUUGAAGAACGCAUCUCUAAAGCACGUCUCCGAUAUGGCACCAGAAUUUUAUUUAUUUACGUUUGCAGCCAUGCCUUUGCACACAUUAUUGCCAAAGGAAAUAUGUUUGUUGUUGUUGCUCUUUCUGCCAUGUCUAUCAUUGUGACAUCUAGUUUUAAAGGGGCUGCAACCUUUCGAGAUUCUGUGGUUAUUGCUCGUUGGGUGAUGGUUCAGUCAAUGAUCACUGCGUUUAUUCUCAUCCUCAAAGGCAUGUUAAUGGCGGCAAUUAUAACAAUAUUUCCUGCCCUUACUGCAGUUUUUGCCAUGCGCUGCUUCAAAUCAAAAAAUUUACCCGUUGGUGCUAAGACUGAAAAAUUAGACUGAGCAGCAGCAUUACCACCGUGGGUAACUUUUUUUAUAAUGCUAUGCUAUUGAGUCCUGAUCCAACAUUGACAUU